GAUAUUUAUCAUGAAUGGAGACCCGAAUAUUCAGCUUUUGGCUGUCCGACAGGCGAGAAAAAGACCUCACCAUGAGAUGAUAGAGUCACAUUCUCAUAGUAGAAGUACAUCCCCAUGGGAUUAUGCAGAGCCAUCUGGUUCGAAUCAUGGGACCCGUUCUUUCUCUACUCAUCGACCAACACUGCCACCCCUCCCACAGAUGAGAUUCCCAGGCGACGGCUACGAUUUCAGAAGACCGAUUAUGGCAUCCGCAUCAGCACCAACCUCCUCCCCUCCGCCCCCUCCGCAUCAGGAAAAUGUCAUUGAUUUGACAGAUGAGCCGGAUAACAUUCUGUCAGACAGAGGCCCUCAAACGCCUCUAAGACAACCAGCAGGCCGUAGAUCACGCCCACCCCGAUUCGGAAGAAACAUCAUGGCAGAUGUUGUUGAUCUGGAUGAAGAGUCAUCAACUGCAAACGAGCCCCAUCACUUUUCGAGCCCAGAAGUACAGUUCUUAGGCACUCAAAUACGCCCAGCAGAAGAAACCCGCCAGAAUGGGAUUCGUCAUCGAAAUCAAGACGCGCCUCCCCACUUAAGAGGCUCGAGCCUUGUGGAUAUGAUCAGGAGAAUUCGCGGGAGCGGGCCCCCUUCGUCAUACCUCCAGCGGCAGGAAACAAUUCGAGAAGAAAUGGGCCUCAGGAACCGUAACCUUGCGCGUGACCUUCCUACCAACAUUACUCCGUUUUGGAUCGGGGAACAGCCCAUUCAGGGCGAAUUAGAAGAUGAUUUCCCCAUUGAGUUGGAUUACAGGACUACUGGAUUUGGUGCCGGCGAGACACGGCGAACGCCUGCAUAUGUGGCUCCAGCAGCUCCACCUCCAGGUUUUACAAGGACUGUCGGGGAGAAUGAGGUUGUGGUUUGUCCAAACUGUGACCAUGAGCUAGGGACCGGUGAUGAUGCAGUGAGGAGACAGAUAUGGGUGGCUAAGCCAUGUGGACAUGUUUACUGUGGCCAAUGUACGAAAUACCGAGCCCGCUCAAGAAAGCGGACAGACAGUGCCAGCUCACCAAAAACAAAACCAUUUGCAAAAUGCGUGGUGGCCGACUGUGGCAAAACAAUUAGCCAACCUCGUGCGAUGUUUCAAAUCUACCUCUAGCCCUCCCUCUCUAUUUUCCCCCAUUUUAUUCCCUUUUUGGCAUUUAUUUUUCCUCUUCGGUUUCCUUGUAUUGAAGCAUAGCGACGGUAUCUUUGGAAUUGUAUAACGACUUGUACAUAUAUGCUUUAUUAUAUGGAGCGGGGCACACCUAGGAUUUUAAAGAAAUAAUUCAAACGUCUUUAGCUGCGGUGAU